AUGGAACCAGAGCUGCCGGGAGCAGGAGGAGGAGGAGGAGGAGGCGAGGAAGGGCUGAUCGAGUUCUACGGCUCCUUCAAGGAGAUGUUUGAGUUCUUCUGCAAGAACAGCACGAUCCACGGCACCGUCCGGCUGGUGUGCUCCGGCAGGAACCGCGCCAAGACGGCGUUCUGGACGCUGCUGCUGCUGGCCAGCCUCGCCAUGCUCUACUGGCAGUUUGCCCUCAUGUUCAGCCAGUUCUGGGCCUACCCCGUGGUGCUCACCAUGUCCAUGGACUCCGAGCCCAAAAUGUUCCCGGCCGUCACCGUCUGCAACCUGGAUCCCUACAGGUUUGAGCUGAUCAGGGAGCAGCUGGAGCAGCUGGAGCGCAUGGCCGAGGAGUCGCUGACCUUCCUGUACGGCCCCAAGGCCUCGGCCAGGCUGUCCCACCUCAGGGACAGGGACAGGGACAGGGACGGGGACAGGGACGGGGACAGGGACGGGGCCAUCCCUGUCCAGCCCCGGGCCAACCUCAGCAGCAACUUCAGGCUCAGCCACAACUUCUCCCUGGUCAGGAUGUGGGAGCCCAGGGCCGGCAGGAAACAUUCCAGGGUGGGAUUCCGGCUGUGCAACGCCACGGGCGGGAAUUGCCUGUUCAGCUCGCAGGCGUCGGGCGCGGCCGCGCUGCAGGAGUGGCUCCGCUUCCACUACAUCAACCUGGUGGCGCAGCUGCCGCCGGCGCUGGCCCGGGCCCCGCGGCGCUUCCCGGAGCUCGUGUACUCGUGCCAGUACGACGGCGAGCCCUGCCGGCCCAGUGAUUACGUUCCCUUCCACCACCCAGUUUUUGGGAGCUGCUACACUUUUAACAGCAGGGGGACAGAUCCCUUCUGGAAAGCCACAAAACCAGGAAUUCCUUAUGGGCUGUCCCUGAUCCUGCGGGCCGAGCAGAAGGAGCACAUCCCGCUGCUGUCCACCGUGGCCGGGGUGAAGGUGAUGAUCCACAGCCACAACCAGACGCCGUUCCUGGAGCACGAGGGCUUCCACAUCCGCCCGGGCAUCGCCACCACCAUCGCCAUCCGCCAGGACCAGGUGAAUCGCCUGGGCGGCAACUACGGCAAGUGCACCACGGACGGGGCCGACGUGGCCGUGGAGCUGCUCUACAACAACUCCUACACCCUGCAGGCCUGCCUGCACUCGUGCUUCCAGCGCGCCAUGCUGCGCCAAUGCGGCUGCGGCUACAUCUACUACCCGCUGCCCGCCGGGGGGCGCUACUGCGACUACAGUCGCCAGCCCGAAUGGGGGCACUGCUUUUACCAGCUGUCCCGGCGGCUCCGCAGUCACCGCCUGGAUUGUUUCCAGCACUGCCCCAAGCCCUGCAGGGAAUCCCUGUACAAGGUCUCAGCUGGCACAGCCAAGUGGCCCUCGCUGAAAUCCCAGGACUGGGUGCGCCAGGCUCUGCGGCACCAGAACGGCUACAACUCCAGCAGCAGCAGGAGGGACGUCGCCAAGGUCACCGUGUUCUACCGGCAGCUGAACUCGCAGGCCGUGCGCGAGGCCCCGCUGCUCUCCGAGAACCUGCUGCUCUCCAGCAUGGGCAGCCAGUGGAGCCUCUGGUUCGGCUCCUCGGUGCUCUCGGUGGUGGAGAUGCUGGAGCUGCUCCUGGACACCCUGGUCCUGUCCCUGCUCUUCUGCUUCCAGAGGCUCCGGGCCGGGAGGGGCCCCAGGCCCGGCCCAAAUUUAGGCCUGGCCCAGGGAAAUUCCCGGGAAUUGCGGGAGGGGCAGGAGGGAGCCCCAGGUUUGGGGUCGGGGCAGCUGCGGGAUGGGGGUGGGAACGGGCAGGAGCGGGAUUUGGGACAGCCCUGAGGAGAUGGGGGUGAGAGGGGAGGAAUUCCCAAAUUCUGGGGGAAAACUCCCAGGGACAUCCUGGAUCCAGAGCUGAGCUUGGCAAUGCUUGGAAUUCCCAAAUUCUGGGGGAAAACUCCCAGGGACAUCCUGGAUCCAGAGCUGAGGGGGAUGGAGAGGAUUAGAAUUCCCAAAUUCUGGGGGAAAAGUCCCAGGGACAUCCUGGAUCCACAGCUGAGGGGGGUGGAGAGGAUUAGAAUUCCCAAAUUCUGGGGGAAAAGUCCCAGGGACAUCCUGGAUCCACAGCUGAGCUUGGCAAUGCUUGGAAUUCUCCUGGAAUUCCCUGAAUUCUGACGGAAAGGUGCCAGGGAUGUCCUGGAUCCACAGCUGGGAGGUUCCUGAGCGUGGCAAUGCUUGGAAUCUAGCUGGGCUCUGAUCCCAGCUGGAAUUCCCAAAAACCUCCCUCCCUCUGGAAUUCCCAAAAACCUCCCUCCCUCUGGAAUUCCCAAACUCUCCUUCACUCUGGAAUUCCCAAACCCCUCUGGGCUCUGAUCCCAGCUGGAAUUUCCAAAAACCUCCUGGAAUUCCCAAAAACCUCCUGAAUUCCCAAAACCCUUCUUGGGUCUGAUCCCUCCUGGAAUUCCCAAAAACCUCUGGAAUUCCCAAAAACCUCUGGAAUUCCCAAAAACCUCCUGGAAUUCCCAAAAAUCUCCUGGAAUUCCCAAACCCUCUGGAAUUCCUGCUGCUCCAGGGCUGGGCUCGGGAUUUCUGCUGCUUUUGGAUUUCCCAGGAAAUUCCCAGACUCUUCCAGAGGGAAUAAAGAGGAAAAAAAAAAACGGGAUCGGGAAUUCUUUCGGUCCCAGAAAAAGCAACAGAUUCCUGUGGAAUCUGUUGAUAACAGAGAUAAUGCUAAUUUCUGCUAAUUUUUGUUAAUUUCUGUUAAUAUUUCUGUUAACUUCUGUUAAUUUCUGUUAAUAUUUCUGUAAAUGUUUAUUAAUUUCUGUAAAUUCCUGUACAUUUUUGUUAAUAUUUCUGUUAAUGUCUGUUAAUGUCUGUUAAUUUUUGUUAAUAUUUCUGUUAAUAUUUCUGUUAAUAUUUCCGUUUGUUUCUGUUAAUGUUUGGCAAUUUUUGUUAAUAUAUCUGUUAAUUUUUGUUAAUUUUUGUUAAUUUUUGUUAAUUUCUGUUAAAAAAAAACCUUCUGAGUCCCCCAGGUGUCAUCAGGUGUCCCCAGGUGUGCCCAGGUGUCCCCAGGUGUGCCCAGUUGUGCCCCAGGUGUGCCCAGGUGUGCCCCAGGAGUCCCCCAGGUGUGCCCAGGUGUGCCCAAGUGUGCCCAGGUGUGCCCCAGGAGUCCCGCAGGUGCCACCUCAGGGGACAGCAGCGUCUCCACCCAACCCACCCCGUGCUGGCACCAAGGUCCCUCCCGGUGUCCCCACCCAGGUGUCCCCUCCCGGUGGGAAUUCCCGUCCCGGCAGCCCAAGGAGCCGUUCCCGGGGCAGCAGGGGACAUUGCCACCCUCCUGGAGCCUCCACAUUCCCUUUUCUCCCUCAGCCCCUCUGUCCCCGGGGCUGUCCCAUCCCUGUCCCAACCCUGUCCCAUCCCUGUCACCAACCCUGUCCCAACCCUGUCCCAGCCCUGUCCCAACCCUGUCCCA